CCGCUCGCGGAGUAGGGAACUACACAGCACGGCGCGCGCGCGCCUCCAUGACCCACGGCGGCGGCGGCGGUGAAGGAGGAGGAGGAGGUGGCGGCGGCAGCGUCCCGGACGACACGCGUCCGGCUGGUGCGGGAGCUGCCGGCCUGUAGCGAGCCUGCACUGGGCCCUGACCCCGGACCCGGGGCCCCGGAUCCCAGGGCUGACUGGCCCGCCGGUAAUUGAUCGAAAUCUUCAGAAAAUUGAAGGCCCUUGAAUUUUUCAGUCGAAGUCGUGAAGCCUCCCUGGCCAACAAAGAACAUUAAACACAGCUGUUUAGGCAGCUGCUUCUAUGCCAGGAACGGAAUAUGCCGAAGAUUGCAUACCAACGUUAUCAUUGAGUGAAGGCCUGGAACUCAACACACAAUUGUUUUUAGAAAUGCAGAUUAAAAAAAUGAAGGAAAUAAUACCACAAUUAUAUACAAAUCAGGUGAUUGACCGAAAUAAUUCUUUGACUACAUCCCCAAAACAACUCAGUGGUAAAUAUGUGAAUCAGCCCAAUGGAAAUGAAGCUCAGCCCCAUGGUUAUCAAGACACCAAGGCAGAGGAUGACAAGACAUCUAUGGUAACUUGUGUGAGGUGUAGAAGUGUACAAAAAAUCCCACUCCAGGAGCUGAAAAAGGAUAACCAACAUAGUCAAAAUGAAGACCAGAUGUUCUUUCUUUGUGUCAAAUGCAACUUAGGUGUAUCUCCUCCUUUCCCUUGUAUGAAUGAUAUACCAAGUGCUAUUGAUUCAGGAAAUAAAGAUAACACUAUUUCAAGGACUACUACUAACCAGUUUAAAGUAAAAAACUUUCAGCCAGGCAAAUAUUACUGUGAUAAGUGCCGUUUUUCUACCAAGGAUGCUCUGCAGUAUAAAAAGCACACGCUCCAGCAUGAAGAGAUUAAAUUCUUUUGUUCACACUGCAACUAUGUCUCAUACACAAAAGGAGAAUUCCAGAGGCAUUUGGUGAAACACACAGGGACAUUUCCGUAUCAGUGCGAGUAUUGUGACUAUGGUGCCGUCAGAAAUGAUUACAUAGUUAAACACACAAAACGAGUUCAUGAGACCAGUGGUGAGAAACGACCUCUUAAACAGGCUGUGGAACACCAGCCAAAGAGAGCCAAUUUUUCAAAACAGAGCUCUGAGGUUCUUGUAAAUGAAGUUUCUAAGUCAAAUUCUUUUCUGAAUGAGCCAUCAGAUUUAUCUUUAUGUUUCUUUGGCCAUGGAGAUCAGGACAAAGCAGGCCAUGCUAUUUCCUUACCUGAGUCUAAGGAAUGCAGCAAGGAUGAAGCAGCCUCAGCUCCUGAUAAAGCCUGCCUUCCUGAACCAAGCAAAGUUAACUUUUUCGAGAAUGAAAAUGUGGAAGUUGAAUUGUUAUCACCAGCAAAAGAACCUGUGCAGCCAGGCAUGCCACUCACUGUGGUUGCACCAGCAGAACUUAAAGUCCCUGAUAACUGUUUAGCCCAGUUGAUAGAUGUUAAGGUAGUCAAUGGGACGCAGCAACUUGUUUUAAAACUGAUUCCAUUGAAAGAAAAAAAUGGCCUUAAACCUGGCAGCUCUGAUGAAGGUAAGUAUGAGUUCGUGAGCAAAUCCACAGUGCCAAAUGAGCAAGAAAAACCAGUGCCUAUUGAACAAAGCCCACCAGCAGUAGAAAGGAGUCCUGAGAAGCCAUUGGCCAUUGGUAAUCUGCACUCCACAGAUUACACCCAUGUGAAGGAUCUAGAUUGCAAAAAGUCUUUUUCUCCAGUGUUAAAGGCCAUGUCAGAGACUAAUCAAAGCCAGUGUGAGUCCUGUCCAAAUAGUGAUGGAAUUGGGAACUAUCAAGAAGUGCUUUCAGUUCCAUAUAGAACAGCCCUUUCUCCUGUUUGCUCAAGAGAUGGUGAUAUUAAACAAAAUAAUUAUUUUUCUUCAUUAUCUGCGGUGAAUAAUGGUGCUUUAUACAGUCCUAUGAAAAGGUCAGGUGUUUUUCCACACGUGUCUGCCCUCUCCCCUCAUCAAGACAGAUCUCAGAAUCAUUUAGAGAAAUCACCUUCAGACUGCAAACCUCCUGAAGCUAUUGGGGCUUUUGCAGAAAGAGGCAUGUUGCCAGUGAGCCCAGGGGCCUCUCUGCAUAGGAAUGAAGUUGGUACUUUUAAAAUGGCUCCUUUCAGUGAGAAACGGAAACAAGCACAAGUAAAAGAACCGUCAGAUGAUACAAAUCCAGUGCAAUAUUCCUCUUUACAUAGUGAACAAUCACACAUCAACUUAAUUGGAGAAAAUGAUAUUAAGACUCAAGAUCCUGAGGAGGUGAUUUUGGAAGAUCUUGUUGGAGUAACUAUUCAGAAUUCAGGAAGUAACAUUACUUCUUCAGAUGGCCCUAUCAUUUCAUCAGUGUUUUCUCUUAGCUCUGGGACUGAAAAUAUCCCCGAAGGGAUUAAAUGGGACAACAUAAAUUGUGGGACAAAGCCAGUUGAUUCAUUGCAUAGAAGAAUUGCCCAGUUGAUUGCUGCUACUGAAUCUUCAAAAUCUUCAUUGUCUCCUUUAAGCACUGUGGAACAGCAGUCCUCAGCCUUGGAAACUCCCAUAGACUGUUGUCUAGGAUGUAAUGUACCAAGUCAUGAUUCAGCACCACCCCAGGGAUUACAAAAUGAUGCUGCUGAUAUUGAACAACUUACUCUUGAGCAAAUGCAACACCAAGACAGUGAGGAGGAACAAAAAAAAGCUAGGGAAACCAGAAAGGAUCCUGGCACUGUUCCUGGGUUCAUUCCAAAAGGGACUGUGUUAAAAGCAUACAAUUCCACUGAGAAUGAACGUUUAGUAGAGAAUAAAUUGCCUUGUGAUGUCUUUGGCAAUGAAAGGCUGUUACCAAAAUCUGUUCCCUUCAAUUCUCUUGAAGAGGUAGGUGAAGACUUUUCUUUGACAAAUGAAAGUCAGUCAACAGACAGUUCCAGAAAUUUUGGUAUAUCGUUGGAGAAUAAGCCAAAUCAAGAAGUCACUACCAGUAUUGUCUGUAACAAAUCAAAUUGUGCAUGUUCACAACCAGCAGAAGGCCAUGACCAGGGUAAAGAGGGAAAAUUGAUUUUUGGAGGUCCCUCAGGGUCCAGAAUUAAGACAAAACAGGCAGUUAUCUCCAAGAAAAAAUCAAAAAUUCAAUCUGAUUCUAGUCACUUGCUUCCAGAUGUUUGUAUUUUUAUGACAUCAAGACAUCUCAGACUUAUGCCUGUCAGAACAGAACAGUUGAUUAAAUGCCCCCGCCGGAACCAACCUGUUGUUGUGUUAAACCAUCCAGAUGUUGACUCAAUAGAAGUAAUUAAUGUGAUGAAGGUUGUCAACAAGUACAAAGGGAAUGUCCUCAAAGUGGUUUUAUCAGAACGAACAUGUGACCAACUAGGUAUAAAGCGGCAUCACAGACGACUUAUCUAUCAGAACAUGGAGGCAGUGUUCCCAGUGAAAAAGCAGACUAUGCUGAAAAUGAAACUUAAAAAGAUCCACAAGAACAGCUACCAGGUAGUGGAUUCCUUACCAGGUGAAUCAGUACAGGGUAUGUUUAAAUGUUGGUUUUGUGGAAGGAUAUAUGAAGACCAGGAAGAGUGGAUGAGUCAUGGGCAGCGACAUUUGAUAGAAGCAACCAGAGAUUGGGAGCAGCUCUCUCCUCCUAUGGGGAUCCCCAAAUGAAUAGAUGGGAUUAAAAAAUGUGGCUUUUCUUAUAUUAGGUAGAUUUUUUUUUUUUAAUUUUUGAGGGCAGGGGGAUGGGAAAGGAAAGCAGUUAGAAUAAGAGGGUGAAAAAAAAUACAGAUAAUGUAUAGGGAUAAAAAGAGUUUAGUAGCACUUCAGAAAAUGAAAUAUCCAGAGUAUUCUAAACAGGUCAAAGUCUUUUAUACUCUGCACCCUUUUAUGGAAAAGUUGGAGACAUUAUAUGGAGAUGUUAAUAGUGUUCUCUGUUUUCUCAAUAGGAAGUAAAUUGCCACAGAAGUAGUAGACUAAAUUGUCCUUGACAACUUAGCCUUGCUUUUAGUUCUUUGGUUUUUUACCAAAGGAGAAUUGGUGAGCAGCAAGAGCAUGCCAUAUAGUGAACCAUGAACCACCACUAUCCCACCUUCUUCCCCUGCCCCUCACAAAACAUUGGUUCCUAAUCUGAGUGUAAAGACACUUAACAUUAUACAUACACACACACACCCCUCAUGAAUAUAUGGUACUAGUUUCACAAUAGUGUCUCAUACAGUAGUAUGAGAACAUAAGAAUUUUCAUUUGCAUUCAUGGGACCUUACAAUAACUUCAUCUGCUACUUCUUUUUCUUGUCCUUUCCCUGCUAUAGCCAGGGCCUCUGACAUUCUCAGCCCUUGUGUUGGAAAUCACUGCCCUAAAUGUGAUGAAAUGCUAGAAGCUUUGCACAUUUUCCCAGUUUUUAUUUUUAAAGAAGACUGAAGUUGAUGGUCAUGAUAUGACAUUGUAAAAUAAGAAGGGUAGAUUAGACGCCUAGUGGUGUGGUGGAAAAGAUGCACUAGAUUUGGAGUCAGAGGACCUGGCUUCGAAUGCUCACUCUGCUAUUUGUGUGACUUUGGCCAACUCACUCUUUCUGGGCCCCAGUUUUCUCAGAAAUAAAAUGAGUUGGUUAGACUAGAUAUCUUUAGGACUCUUCCAUUUCUAAGUCCUGUCACUGGAUUCUAGAUUAUUGCCUAGGUCAUGUGAGUGGAAUGGACCUUAGACAACAUCUGAAUUCACUGUUAUUUAAUUAGGACUAGAGGGAAAUGAGCUUUCUUUUUUUUUCUUUUUUUCUAAGUGCCUGAUUUUUCCUCCUUUUUUAGUGCCUGGUGCCUAUUAUGGUGGUUAACAGUAUGGGACAAAUUAUCUCAAGGUGCAAAAUGCCCUUGCCUAAAAGGGGCAGUUGGGAGUGGGAGUGGGUGUAUGGAUGGGAGGAAAGGGCAGAACAGUAAGGAGUAACCUUUUUGAGUUAAUCUUAAAAUAUUUUCCUGGGCUAUACACAGGUAGACAAGACCUAUUCUUCCUCACCCUAAAUUUUCAAAGAAAGUCUUGGAUCGUAUUUUUUAUUUCAGAACAUGGUGGCAAGGAGAUUGUUGCAUUUAGAAUUGCCCACUGUUGCAAAUACCAUUUCGAACAGAAUCAUGACAGCAAUUUUAGUUAAAACAGCUUUAGUUAAUUGAGUUUUGCUGGCAAAAUGCUUUUUUAUCCUCUGUACAUAUAUGUGUGCAUAUCUGCAGCUAAACACAUAAAUAUUUUUUAAAGUACUGUUUGAAAAUGUCAGCAGUACCUAUUUUCACUGACCCAUUUUGUAAAGAAUUACUAUAGUCUGGAAAAAAUUUAAGUACUUUUUUUAUACUCAAGAAAUGACACCUUUAUUUUGGGAGUGCAUUUUUUAUAAGUAUUGAUCUCAACUUGUAGAAAAUAAAAGCACAAUUUGUGGUGAUUUGGAUCUGAUUUAUAAGACAAAUACAGGAAUCUAUGUUAAUAUAUAAUUUUAUUUCCUCAAUACAGUAUUAAAAAAUAUGGAUGUUUCAGAUGGUGCUUUUAGGAACUGGGUCUUAAAUAUAUUAACUAAGUCAAAAAAACAAAAAAAUGUACCAUGUGAAUUUACAUCCUUCUAAUGUGCAAGGGGAGGUGUCUGAAAUGUCGUGAGAGAGCAAACAAAGUGGUAGGCUUUUAAGUUAGCUUGUGAAGAGCUAGACUUAUGGAAGGGUAAGAUUUGGGGAGAAGUAGAAAUAAUAAAAAUAAGCUCAAAGUAUUGAGAGCCUUCCAGGAAUCACAUUGGAGUGUUCAUUUGUGUUAUAAAAUACAAAUAUUUCUUAAUAUGUUUUUCCUGUAUUACAUCAAAAGAUAGCUUCACCUAAUAUUUAUGAAAAUG